CAUUAAGUCCAGAAAUCUUUUCUGUGGGUGCAUUGCGUGUAUGUCAAUCGAAGCCGCCGAUUCAAUUGCCAAUGACUGCGAAAAGCUGCACCUGUGAUCCCCAAGUGCUCAAAGCACUUGUGGACGUGAGUCUUGGGGAGUCCCUCGACUGGGAUCGAACAGGUCCUAUGGGACGGCUCCUGGACUCGAAAUUGCAUCCCACCAAGUUUAAAAAGAUUCCGGAGAUUCCGUAUGCAAUGCAAUUCGAUCAGCCGCGCACUUGCGUAAAAGGGCUUGAGGUAAGGUAUCCCGAACUGUAUGAAGCAAAGCCACUUCCGGAUGAGACAAUUGCGCUGGUGGAGGCUGAUCGUAUGAAGACGACAUAUCAAGUGGAUUAUAGUGAUCCUGCAGCUAAACGUAUGAUGCAAUAUACCAAACCAACAGCCAUUGAUACGGUUGAUAGUCAGCGGGUGCAAUGUUGCAUUCCGAUAAGGGUAACCACAGAAGCCGACUGUCAACCACGGUAUCAUCCACAUUCUUCACGACGCAAUUAUAACGCAAGUUAUAACGGACCGAGCGCCAAAAGAUACGAGUACAAACGAAGAAAUGGAUCGAGACGUGACAAGAAAUGCGAAGUUGUCGAGAGCAGACAGACGCGAAUGCCAGCCUGGAGAACAGAAUAUCAAGACAACAUUAACAAAAUUGGUCAGACUAUCAUGAGAACUAAAUUGCAUCAUGCGAAGAGACCGAUUGUACCAGUGUGGACGACAUCCAGCUAAAUAUUUAAAAAAAUUUACAAUUAAUCACCAAAUUAUGUGAAGCCAACAUUUAAAUAAAAAGUGAUAC